AUGGCUUCAAAAUCAUGGGCCGUCCGAGUGACGUCUUUUUCUGGCGAGGAGGUGGGCAGCUACGAGGUUCCGCCCUUUCCAGCCGGACUGCAGACCCUCACCUUCAAGAUCGCAGGACAGAAGGGCAUCAGCUCACAGCAGGUCACCCUCUUGCACGAAAACAUGGCGCUCACACGAUGGAGUGCUUUGGCGGAGGCCCCUGACGUUCUCCAACUUGUGGUGGUUCCUCCGGCGCAUGCAGCGCAGAGGCAAGCGGCAGCGGAACUUCUCAGCCAGCUUGAAAACUCCCGCCCAUACCCUGCGACAAUCAACCAGAUCGCCAGAACUGAAUGGAGUGUCCUUGGUCUGACCACCGACCUGGUGUUGGCGAAAACAUUAGACAGCACGAUACGAUACAAGAGCGAAUACAUCGUCGGAAUGCUUCUGGAACAGAGGGCCGCCGUCAACAGACCAGAGGGGACCGCACAACCUCUUCAUUCUGCAGUGAUGCUCAACCAUUUACCCACCGUGAGGCUGCUCUUACGUGCCGCAGCCGACACCAAUUGCACAGACGAUGAUUCUAAGUCAGCCCUGCACCUUGCUGCUGCAGGGGGCUCGAGCGUUGUAGCAAGGCUUUUGCUGGAGAAUCGGGCGAUUAUCAACCGGCCAGAAGACACUGAAACUCCUCUUCAUAGCGCUGCUGCUGUCCGCCACCUAGAAACGGUAAGCAUCCUUCUUGAGGCUCAGGCGCAGGUGAAUCGGACGGGUCGGGCCGAAAGGACGGCGUUGCACUGCGCGGCUGUCGCCGGCGCUGGUCCCGUGGUGUCUGCCUUGGUGGCGGCAAGAGCCGAAAUUCACCGGCAGGAUCGAAACCGCAAGGUGGCCUUGCAGUAUGCGGUGUCCAGUGAUGAUGUGCUCUCCGUCGACGUGCUGCUGAGUGCCGGCGCGGCCGGCGCUGAGCUCAAGAUCCGCGGCCGAGUACCAGUCCUACACUACGCGCUGUCUGCAAGUACAGAGGCCAUGGUGGAGCACGUCCUGAGAAGGCGAGCAGAUCUUGAUGCGACGGACCCGAAGGGUCGACUUCCGUUCCUACUUGCAGCUGCCAGAUCGGAUUCCGGCUUCAUAAAGCUUCUUUGCAAGUGGAAGCCGCUGGAUGCAGAGGACAUGGAUCGCGCCUUGUGCGUGGCCGCCGAGAAGGGCAACUCCAGCGUUGUGCAGUUCUUGCUGCAGAGGCGUGCGAACCCAUCCAGCAGAACUGAAGAAACAACCUGCUUGCACCUGGCAGCGGCCGGAGGCUACGAGGUGGUGAUCCGGGAGCUGCUUCAUGCCAAGGCCGACGCCAACUGCAAGGACUCGAAGUCUCGGAUUCCAUGGAAGGUCUGCAAGGGCAAGAGCCUUGCAGAGCUCCUCAAGCCUUCCCGCUGA